AUGCUGGAGCAUCCAGGCACAGCAGGUGUAUCAGCUUUUUAUACCCCCUAUACUUACAGUAAUGAGUCCCUGUCCUGCUCUCUCCCUGCAGAUGCCGGCGUGUCGAGGCCGAUCCAGGUCGUCCAAGGGAAGCUCCAUGGCUCUGUCACAGUCCUGUGCCCCUCUGGGGACACCCAAAGUGGUGGGAGGAGGUUCUGGUGCAAAGUGGGAAGAACCAGCUGCACUCUCCUAGCCGACUCCAGUGGCUACGUGGGAAGGAGAUACCACGGGCGAAUCCUCAUCACCCCCCGGGAGAGCUCUGGAGCUUUCAAAGUCUUGAUAAAUGACUUAGUAAAGGAAGACUCGGGACUGUACAGGUGUGGGGUGGAAAGGCUGAAUGGUUUGGACAGCCCACAGGAGGUGGCUCUGCAGGUGACCACAGCCUCUGCUCUUCCCAGGAGACCCAAAUUUCUCAGCGGCACAGUCGGAGGCUCCCUGUCCUUCCAGUGCCACUAUGACCCCAAGGGGAGCUACGAGAAGAAGUAUUUGUGCAGGUGGGAGGAAGGGAGCUGCUCUCUGCUCCUGGACACCGACGGGUUUGUGCACGAGUCCUACAAAGGGAGAGUACAAACAACCAGCAGCGACCCCGACCACGGGACGUUCACGGUGGUGAUGAGCCAGCUGAGAGAGGAGGACUCAGGAUGGUACUGGUGCAGGGCUACCAGUGGGCACACAGAGCACACGUCCUCUGUGAAGCUGCACAUCCACAGGGAACUCUGCUCUUCACAAGACCCAGAAACAACCACUCCUGUCAAGUCCACUUCAUCAAGCCCGGCUGCCUCCAGCACACCCACACAGAGGAGCAUCAGGGGCCGGGUGUACACGAUGGGCACUGGCACCAAGAGCACCACGGUGGGCACUGCCACCAAGAGCACCACGGUGGGCACUGCCACCAAGAGCACCAUGGUGGGCAUUGUCACCAGGACAACCAGCACCCUGCUGCCCACUGCCACCCCUGGCACCUCUGGAACCUCCCCAGCUGAAAGCCAUCACGAGAGCUCAUCAGGUGAAUCCCAUCUGCUCCCAGCUGUGCUCCCAGCUCUUGCUUUGCUGAUUUGCAUCACUGUCGCUGCUCUCGCCCUGGUCAAAAUAAAACUUCAAAAGAAGACGGGAGGAGAAAGAAGCGCCACUGGAAGCCUGGAGGCAGCAAUGGCUCAGACUGGUCCGAGUCCUGUAAAAGAGCAAAGAGUGGAGGAAACCUCAAGCCCAGGAAAAGUGCAGGAAUCCAGGAUGGACUCUGGCAAAUGUAGGAAAAUCUAUGCUAUCCUUGGAAGAUUCAGGAUCACCAACUUCUAUCUACCCUACUGGGAAAAAAUGCUUUUCAAGGUGACUGAUGAAGAAUUGAGCCAGAACCUUCUGUGAAAGCCCCCGUGCACACGAGCUGGGAAUUUUCCCUAUGGAAAACCAAGGCUCUGAACUGCCAGGCACCCAGAACCCCUCAUUGCUCCCUGCCCUGCUCAGAACCCAAAUGCCCUUUGUUGAGAGCUGAGUCCCAAAUGGCACUUGCUACGUGUUUUGCAGAACAGAGAAUAAAACAA